AUGAGUCCCACAGUUCUGCUUGCGUUUCUCGUCGCCGCCGUCGCCGGCGCUGAGGCCGCGUGUCCAGCCGACUGGGUGGAGCUGAACGGCGACUGCUACUGGUGGACCCCCUCCUCCAUCAGCGGAUCUCAGCUUGCAGACGCCUGCCGCGCCGUCCUCACCGACGCCGUGCCCGUGUCCGUUCACUCUGCCGCGCAGAACUCCCAGCUGGCUGAGAGUCUGGUGCACGGCUUCCCAGUCUGGCUGGGUCUUUACCGCCCCGACGGCAGCGGCGCCGAGUUCGCAUGGACUGACGGCUCACAGAUCGACUUCCAGUUUUGGGCGGACGGUCAGCCGGCCGGCGACGGUGAGCUGUGUGUCUACAUCAACGCCGACCCGCAGACGGGCACCUGGGCCGCCUGCGACUGCCAGCAGUGGAUGCUGCCCUACAUGUGCCGGCUGCCUGGCGGUGCGGCGAGCAGAGGCUGA